AUGGAGAGAUUCUUUAAACCUAAACGAGUCCGUAGUGGUGAAUCUUCAAAUGAGCCUAAUAUUAGUGAACCAGUUCAAAAUCAAUCUUGUGUGGAAUUGAAUUUAAAUGAUAUUGUUAGUGAUCCGGGAUUACGAAAAUCAGUUGAGAAAUUUGAUAUUUCUCUUCGAGACCAUGUCCGAAGAGAGUAUUUGACUAGGGGACCUUGCCAACCGAUUGGCCAUAUGUAUCCAAAAACAUCAUUUGGUAAACAACAUAGAAGUUUCCAAGAUAGUUGGUAUCAAAAGUUUGUAUGGUUAGAGUAUAGCAUAUCGAAAGAUGCGGCGUUUUGCUUUUGGUGCUUUCUUUUCAAAACACAAAAUAAGGGAGGUCGAUAUGCAGAGGAUGCCUUUACAAAAACGGGAUUCAAUAAUUGGAAAAAGGCAAUGGAAAGAUUUAAUGAACAUAUUGGAGCUGUGAAUAGUUGCCAUAAUGAUGCUAGAAUACAGUUUGAAAGUUUUCAAGAUCAAAGGCAUAGUGUGUCAAAUGUGCUACGAUCUUGUGGGCGCGAAAUAGAUAUUGCAUAUCGCACCCGUUUAACUGCUGCUCUGGAUGUGACCCGCUUUCUUUUGAAGCAAGGAUUGGCUUUUCGUGGAAAUGAUGAGUCAACUAGUUCUUCAAAUAGAGGCAAUUUUCUUGAAUUGUUUGAGUGGUAUAGCCAGCGAAAUACUGAGAUUUUUGAGGUUGUAAAUCAAAAUGCUCCUGCAAAUAAUCAACUAACUUCUCCAAUGAUUCAAAAAGAUCUGGCACAUGCUUGUGCCUCAGAGAUCACAAGUGUUAUAAUCAAUGAUAUUGGAGACAAUUAUUUUUCCCUAAUAGUUGAUGAGUCUCGAGACAGUUCAGUGAAAGAGCAAAUGGGAGUUGUUUUGAGAUAUGUGAACAAAGAAGGGCGUGUGAUUGAACGUUUCCUUGCAAUUGUACAUGUGUCUGACACCACAUCUCUUUGUUUGAAAGAUGCAAUUGAUUCUUUAUUCGCGCAACACGGAUUAUCAUUAUCCAAAUUGAGAGGUCAAGGAUAUGAUGGAGCUUCAAAUAUGCGAGGUGAGUUCAAUGGUUUGAAGGCCCUUAUAUUACAAGAAAAUCCCUAUGCGAUGUAUAUUCACUGUUUUGCUCACCAACUCCAGUUAGUUAUUGUUGCUGUUGCUAAGGGAAAUAUCAUUGUCAGUGAAUUCUUUGUCUAUGUCUCUAUGAUUGUCAAUUUAACUGGAGCAUCAUGUAAAAGGAGAGAUCAAUUAAGACAAAUAGAACAUGAUAAGAUUGUUACACUUUUAGACAGUGGAGAUAUUAUUAGUGGAAAAGGCAAAAAUCAAGAAACUAGUUUAGCAAGACCAGGGGAUACUCGUUGGGGAUCACACUAUCUAACAUUACUUCGUCUAUCCUCUAUGUGGGCUUCGGUGAUUGGAAUAUUGGGAAAUAUACAAGAUGAUGCCACCACUUCUGACAAUAGAGGUAUGGCCAGGGGUUUGAUUGAUAGAAUGAAUGAUUAUGAGUUUGUUUUUGCAUUGCACCUAAUGAAGUAUUUAUUGGGAAUCACAAAUGACUUGUCACUUGUUUUGCACAAAGGGAUCAAAAUAUUGUCCAAGCCAUGA